CGGUGAUCACCCGUGUGACCCUUUCUUAUAAUGUUUAUUUUUGGCUUUCAAGCUAGCACAGGCAGUACACAGUCACCCUUCUCACCGGUACACACGCUCCAGAUGACACUGGACAUGGACAUGCUGAAGAAUCUGCCCUACAUGAAGCAACUAUUGGACUUGAUCAAAGAUUGGGAGGAAUGGUUGCCUACCAGCCUCACCGGCCGGGCUGUUCUAGUGGGGUCAGGCGUCGGAGUAGCCGUUUAUCUCAUCACCAAGAAGAGGUACAAGCUACCCCCUGGACCCCGAGGAUGGCCGUUGCUUGGGAACCUCCUAGAGUUCCGGAACGCCAGUAUCUACGAGAAGUUGACGGAGUGGAAGGCUCAAUAUGGCCCGGUUGUAAGGUUUAAUAUAGGACCAAUGACAAUGGUGGCCUUGAACAACAUAGACGUUGUGCUUGAGGCACUGGUUAAACGACAGGCGGACUUUGCAGGGCGGCCCCAGACUUAUACAUUGCUACUCCUCAGCGACGGCGGGAAGAAUAUCGUCUUUGGAGACUACAGCCCUACUUGGAAACAACACAGAAAGUUGGCUACCAAAGCAUUGAAACACUACAUGACGGGUACCCGCCUAGACCAGGGGAUAGAGCGCUCCCUCACUAAAGGCAUAGAGCUGAUACAGGAGAUGGAGGGGCCAUUCAAUCCUCAUGACAUUGUCUCCCUCAUUGUGUUCAACAUCAUCAACAAUAUCUGCUUCAGCGUCACAUGCGACGUUCACGACAACUACUUCAAAGAGAUGGUGCACGUUUUGAAUUCCUUCCUGGACAUCGGCAACGGCUUUCUCGAGGACGUAAUCCCCCCUCUCCGUCUCUUCCACACUCAGAAGCUGAAAACAAUAAUGAAAGAAGUUCUUAAGUUUACGGGUAACUUGAAUGAAGAAAUUGACAAGCAUCGACAGACCGUAUCUAAAGAUAGCAUCCGUGACUUUUGUGAUGCCCUGUUACUGGCUCAAGAAGAAGCUCGUGACGAGGAGGACCCGGAAGUGAUGUCACAGAUGACUGACGGCCAUAUCACUCAGACUCUCUCUGAUAUAUUUUCCGCCGGGAUGGACACCUCUCGCUUCACGCUGCUGUGGACGCUACUGGAACUGGCACAGCACCCUGACAUCCAGGACAAGCUUCACACGGAGGUCGACCGUGCCCUGGGUGCGCGUCAUUUCCCCAGUGUAUCAGACAGGAGUAGUCUCCCUUACACUGACGCUGUGCUUCACGAGAGUAUGAGGUUUCAUACUGUGGUGCCAAGCGGACUUCCCCACAAAACACUGUGUGACACGAAAGUCGGUGGCUAUGACAUUCCCAAAGGAACUACCGUCUUCAUCAACCACUACGCAUUGCAUAGGGACCCAGAACAGUGGCGGGACCCGCAAGUAUACAAUCCAGACCGGUUCCUUGACCAUGAUGGCAAGAUGGCUGCCAAACCAGAGAGCUGGCUUCCGUUCUCCGCUGGAAGGAGAGUGUGUCUCGGAGAGAGCGUGGCCAAGCCGGAACUGCAUCUUCUGCUGGCUGGAAUCAUGAGGCAUUUCAAAGUUUCCCUCCCACCUGGAGCUAAGGUGAACCUUAAGCCACGUGGAGGAUCUGUCGCCAACGUACCACAACAUUAUGAACUCAAUUUUGAAUCGAGACUGUAACUCAUAUGACCAUGGGGAGUGAUAUGUUAGCGCAUGGCCACGAACCUACUGUAAUAUCACAAACAAAUAGUUUUCUAUAAGGAUAUUGCUUUUCUAAGUAUACAUAUAUAUUCCAGGCAAACAUCCAUUGGAUGUUGCCGCACCAUCAGUGUUAAGUCUCCCUCGCUAAAAUAAAUGAGUUAAUGCAGCCUGCUUAAUAAGGAUUCUGGCCAGAUAGACAAUAAAAAAAACAUUUCUAAAAUAGAUGAUCACUCUACUGCUUUAGUGCAGAUAUAUGCUUAUUUUAAAUUAUUCUUCUCACUUCUACUCACCACAGGGAUCAGCUGCCUAACAUUUAUGUAACGUAUUGUUCAAGAUGUAUGGCAUAUAAUUGAUGCAAAUUCAUAUGGAUGGGACCAUUUGAAUGAAACGAAAUAGACAUCUGAAAAAACUUUAAUAAGAUGUAAAAGAUGAAGAAGUAGCCCUGAAACGUCGUUACAAAGAAUAUAAUACGUUGUUAUCCAUAAAAAAUCUUCCGAUUAUAUUUAACUGUUUAUUUGCAGAUAUGUUAUUUUAAUUAUAGAAAUCCUUUAAUAACAUGUUUAAAGGUCCAUGAUGAUAAUCGAAAUAACAACCCUUUUUACAUG